UCCACACACUCAAGAGCGUGAGCUGAAAAGAUGACAAAAGAAUCAGAGGGGAAAGAUCCCCUCCUCUAUUACUACUGCAUCAAAUUUGCUCUCUCUGGCUAUUCCACUCUGUUUUCGAUAAUCGGCUUGGUGAUCCUGUGCAUUGGCAUCUAUGCAGAAGUGGAAAGACAGAAACACAGAACCUUGGAAGGGAUCUUCCUAGCUCCAGCUGUGGUUCUCCUUCUGCUGGGCAUCACAAUGUUUGCUGUUUCCUUUAUUGGAAUGGUUGGGUCCCUCAGAGACAACAGGACACUGCUGAAGACGAUGAUCUGGAUUUCUCACAUUUGCGUUCUGUUGCUGGCUAAGGUGGGGGGGACAGUUCCUGAAUUCGCCUUGGUAUUUCUUUCAGCAUCAGUUGACUUUUUCCAUUCCAACAUCCAAGAGGGGAUUAGGCAUUAUUAUGAUGACCUGGAUUUCAAGAACAUUUUGGAUUUUGUACAAGAAAAGUUCUCUUGUUGUGGAGGUGAUGAAUAUAAAGACUGGAACGUCAAUCAGUACCAUUCAUGCAACGGCAGUGGUCCUCUGGCUUGCAGGGUUCCAUACACUUGCUGUAUCAAGAAGGUCCCUGGAGAAGUCAUCAACACUCUGUGUGGAUACAAGACCCUUGAAAAAGAGCGACUGCAACUGGUUGACGUUAUCCAUGUGCGAGGCUGUAUCCAUGCAGUUGGCCUGUGGUUUAAAGACAACUUUGAAGUCACUUUUGGGAUAGUUUGUUCCUUGCUGCUUCCACAGGUACUUGGCCUGGUUAUGGCCUGGUUAUAUUGGCGAAAGCUUGACGACAUAUACUGCAGACUGGACACUGUUGAUUUCAAGGCACUUGAGGUGAUAGACUUCAAAGCAGUGGACUUCACAGGUGCUGGCUGGUGCUUGUGUUUUCCCAGAGAAGGAGGCUACAUUCCCGUCAAUGUCACAGACGAUGACGAUGAUGAAGAGGUUAUCUGUCAAAGUAAAGUGUGAAGAGGUUCUGGUAUCCUCAACGUGGCAGUUCAGAGCACAGCGCACCUGAAGGCGCAGACUAGAGAAUGUGUGAUGGACCUUAAGUAGGGAAAUAACUAGACAUCACACCCACUCAUGC